AUGCUGGCGGCUAUCAAGGCGCUUGAGCAGUACGCCGUGUCGGGUUCCUUUGCCGCGUCUAAUCUCUGGCAGACCUCACCGGUCGAUUGUCCACCAGGCUCGGCGCCCUUUCUCAAUGCAGCAGUGUGCUUUGAUGCGCGACCGGAUCUAACUCCUGAAGCUUUGCUGGAUGAGUUGAAAGCGUUGGAGAAAGCUUACGGUCGGGGGCGGAAAAUUAUCCGCAAUGCACCGCGUGAGCUGGAUCUGGAUCUGCUGGUUUUUGAUGACGAACAAAGGCAGACGGAAAAUUUUGUGUUGCCCCACCCGCGCGCAGUAGAUCGGCUUUUUGUACUGGCCCCAGUUGCUGAGAUUGCACCUGCGCUGAUCUGGCCCGGCAUGCAGCGUAGUGUCGCUGAACUUCUCAGAUCGCUGAAUACGGAGGAAGAAGCUGAUGCAAACUUCUUUGUACGGAUAUUUCGAUGGGACUACUACAAUCGUGAUCAGCAGCAGCCUAAAGCUGCGAUGUGGUUGGUUGAUACCCGGUUUCACAAGCGAUUUGAUGAGUUGAUGAUCAGUGUUGAGCAGCCGCAGGAGCGACAGUUGAAACUGCGCAAUCUGGGUCGCCUUUUGACACACAUUCAGAAUGUCAGUGCGCCUGCCCAUGCCGUGCCCGUCUACUCAGGGCGCUGGUGGCGUCUGUCGUUCAGCGAUCGUUUCAAUCGUUAUCCCGUCGAUGUGGAUGCGCUUGAGCAAACCAUUGCAGGUGAUUGCGCCCUGUUCGACGCCCCCAAUGAGACCUUUCAGCAGAUUCUGAUCGAUACGGCAGACAAUACCCUGGCAGCGGUGACUGAUGAGAUAGACGGUUUGCCGGCGACCUGGCAGGCAUUCUGGACGCUUGCAGAUAAACCUGGCGAUUUUGGUGACUAUGGUCCGGCGGGCAACAGCUUUGGCGAUCGUACGCAAUUUCGUUGUGGGGACGAUCAGCGGUGCCUGCUGCUGCAGGACGAUCCGCUCUACAGUGACUUUGCGCUACAGCGUCAUCGCGCAGCGGUGAUGGCUACAAUGCGAGCGAUGUUGCGGCUGCAGAUGGAGCACAAUUCUGUGCGCGUCAGCAAUCUUGAACAGUUCAUUGACGGCAUCAUGGCGCAAGCAAUUGUGCAGGGUGAUACCGUCGGAGCAACCGUGGCGCUGGUCCAGGAUGGCCGUCUGCUGGUGUCGCGUGGCUACGGUUAUGCCGACUAUACGCGCAGCGAGCCGGUGCAGAGCAGGGUGACGCAGUUUCAGAUUGGCAGUAUCAGCAAGGUCUGGGUCUGGAUAGCGGUGCUGCAACUGGUCGAGGCAGGCAGCCUUGAUCUCGACCAUGAUAUUAACAGCUACCUGGAAGCCUUUCAGAUACCGGACACCAUGGGUGAUCCGAUAACCCUACGACACCUGAUGACUCAUUCAGCAGGUUUUGAAGAUCAGUUGUUUGGAUUAUUUGUUUCCGGACCCCGUCAGGUUGGCAAUCUGGUGGAUACCCUCGCGGCUACGAUCCCCGAGCGCGUGGCAUUACCUGGCAGCCGGGUGGCUUAUUCGAACUACGGAGCUGCGCUGGCGGCGCAUAUUGUUGAGCAGGCUUCCGGUAUGGGUUUUUCUGACUAUGUGCAGCAGCACAUCAUGCAGCCGUUGGCUAUGUCUACCGCCGGUAUUGCGCAGCCUGUGCCAGAUGAAUUGAUGCAAACCCGCUCCAAAGGUUACGUUAUCAACGAUGGCGAGCCGCAGGAACGAGGCGCCUUGUAUAUACCGUUAGGUCCUGCGGGCGCAGGUGCGGCCACAAGUCUGGAUAUGGCGAAAUUCAUGGUGGAACUGCUCAACCCGCGAGACACGCGGGUACUCAGCAGUGCCUCAAAAGCACAGCUCAUCAAUGGCGCUUACCUUCACCAUCCGCGGGUCAAUGGAUUAACCCUGGGGAUGUUCCAGGCUUCCAGAGGCGAUGCCGCCGCCGUGGGACAUGAUGGCAGCACGCUCAUUUUUAACGCCCAGAUGGUGCUCUGGCCAGAUGCUGAUAUGGGACUGUUUGUGGCUACAAAUACCCUGGGCAGUGACGCUGUCGGGCGUCGCCUGGUGGCUACGGUGUCGAACCAUCUGGGGUUUGAUGAUCGUUCUGAUAGCCUCCUGCCGGUUGAGUCUGCGGCUGGUUUGCCUGGUACUUAUAUUGGUUCCCGGCGUAAUUUCAGCAGUGCAAGUAAAUUGUUAGGGCUUCUUGAUACGGUCACCGUGACGCAUGAUUCCGAACAGGGUGUUUUGUUGAUUGCGCGUGCGCAGGGAUCGAAGCGCUACAGAGGAUUAUCCGACAAUGUAUUCCAGCAGGUUGCAGGCCCGACUCGAGCUGUAUUUAAGACGGGCAGCGGAAUGGGCCAGGAGCUUUAUUUUUCUGAUGUGCCGCCGGUUGCUUAUAUUCGGGCUGAGGCGAUGGAGAUGCCGCUUAACAACGCCUUGUUUAUCCUGUUAUGGCUCACUGUGGCGAUGAGUGUACUGAUCAUAUGGCCGGUUUCAGCGUUUACUCACAAGGGUCAUGGCAAUGUCCAGGGCCAGAAAUUUACAACGGUCAUAACCUAUCUCGCGGUCGCUGUUGCGGUUUUAUUUUUUGUUCAGGUUGCUGCCCUGGUGACCACCCCGCCGGGCUGA